ACGAGAGCGCUUCAUCGCGCGAGUGUCAGUGAGUGAAAAAUGUAGAACCUGCGGAUCGUUCCAGAUUCCGUCUAUGAAAAGUUGGAAAACCAACCCAGAUUUACUUGAAAAUUGUCGCCACGCACGCCAGAAACGCAUAUCUAGUGGAACUCGCAACGUAGUGCACAGAAUUCCUACGAGUACCAUCAAGUGAUCAUCGACAGAUACAUUUCCAAAUUGGAAAGAAGAUCAACGCUCCAACGCACCGCCAACGAUGUCGGUGAAAGUUUUCUUCGAAAUAGGCCAUGAAGCAUCGCUGAAAAGCCGCGUUACGCCGGAGGGCUACACGCACGACUGGGAAUUGUUUGUGAGAGGUUACGACAACAAUGACAUUAGCCACUUUGUCGAUAAAGUGAUUUUUAAUCUGCAUGAAUCGUUUCCUAAACCGAAAAGAGUGGUCAAAGAACCUCCAUACGUGGUGAAGGAAGCUGGAUACGCCGGGUUCAUACUACCUGUUGAAAUAUAUUUCAAAAAUAAAGGUGAUGAGCCGAAGAAGAAGGUGUACACGUACGAUCUUGAUUUGCAGUCGUACAAAAUUCAGAGAGAAGAGUACAUCGUGACUAACCCUUCAGAUGAUUUCAAGCGCAAACUUCUUAAAGGUGGAGGGGUACAGCUAAACAAUUCGUUGCCUACGUCGUCAGCUUCGGCAGAUUAUAAAAAUCGGCACAGUAACAGCGGUGGUAGCGAAAAAACCACCUCGUCACAAGAUAAAAAGUAUAAGAAAAACUCAAGCGAUGACUCGAAAGUUCAGAACACAUUCGCAAAUCUCUUCGGACCUCCGAUCACCAAAGGUAGCAGUAAGGUUUCGCCUGAUCCAAAGCAAAACUUAUCCUCGUCAUCCAGUAAGACUUCGCCGAAUACAGCUGCAAGCGUUAGCAACAGCAAGAGUCAGCAGGCGAAUCAGAAAAGUGAUCGCGGUAGCUCAAGCUCCUCGUCCAAGGACAAGGAUAAAAAUGAGAAGGAGAAAUCUUCCAAACAUAAGCACACUAGUCCCAACAAAGAAAAAGAAUCAAAAAAGUCAACGAGCGAAGAAAAGCAUAACAAAGAGAAGAAAGAUAAAAGCCACUCUAAAGACCGGGAUAAGACGAAGGAAAAAAGUUCCAGCUCGUCUUCAGCGUUUUCGAAAAUGCCAGCUAGUCCAAAGAGAAACAGUUCCGCAUCAGCAGCUGCAACAGCACCACUACCCUUACCUUCGACUAGGACUAAUAGUCCUUCGUCGAAACGACAUGCCUCGCCGGCAGCACCUCCACCAGCCGCAAACCCUGCCGCCGUGAGUAGUGGCGCUUCAAAAUCGGAGGAAAAAACCUCAAACAAGCAUAACAGCGAAAAAGAGAAAAAGAAAGAUAAGAAAGAGAAAAGAAGCUACGAUAAGGAUAAAGAACGCGGCGACAAGAAGGAUCGGGAGGUGAAAAAAGAUAAAGAACAUCAGAAGAGUGUUGAUAGUGCUUUGGAUAAGCCAAAAUCUGAUCUCAUUAAACCCAGCAAGUUGGAUGCGGUUAAACUGGAAUCUAAAAUGCACUCAAAGGAGAAGAAAAUCUCGGAUGAACCACUGAAACAGGCAACGGUUGAAAGUACUUCGAUACAAUCACAGACAACAGUUGCGACACCGUUGGUGCAGGAGGUUCCAAAGAGAAUAGAAAAGUCUGAAACAAAGGAAAAGGAGAAAGAGGAACGGAAACACAAACAUAAGAAGAAGGAUAAAUCUAAAGACAAGGAAAAGGAUAGAUCUUCCAGCAGUAAAGAUAAAAAAGAGAAGAAAGAUAAGGAAAAAUCCUCAAGCAGUAAGUCGGCGUUUGCGACUCCUCCAACUAAAGAACCUGAUGUUGCAUCAUCAAUAAAACCUGCAAAAUUAAUAGAUCCCGUCAAAUCUGUCCCACAGGAAAGGGAAAGCCCUAAGUCAGCACCGGCGAAAAGUGCACCGUUGAACGCAUUAUUAGCGGUGCAUCGUGGUGGCAACAGCAGCGACUCAGAAGCAGACAGUCCACCUUCGUUGGGUCCUGAUAAGGACUCAGAAAACUCCAACAGCAGCAUAACAGAAUUGCUUGCAGCAAGGCCUCCUUCGGCUGCUUCAUCCAGUGCGUCUUCCAGCAUAACGAGGCAGCCGGAACAAAGGUACAUAACGGAACCUCCGCCUGCCGUGGAGCCACAAAAACCGGAAAAGACACACCACAGAAGCAAGAAAGAAAAAGUGAAAAACGUUUCAUCUGAGAACAAAGAGGAGAGUAAAAAGCGAAAACGAAGGAACAAGGAUGCUGAUAAUGAUAAAGAUAAGGAUAACAAGAAAACGCCAGCAGUGGUACCGGCAGCGGCAUCCGCUGUUCAACGGAGUCCUUCACCUCCAACACCUCCUCCGACAUUGAUGGAACCACCGGCCAAAAUACCCAAACGGGACGACCACUAUAAACGAGAUGAAUCGUCCCCAGUCCCAAAUAAUAACAACUCCAAGAUUCUGCCUACGGAGGAUAACGGAACUACAUCGUCAUACUAUAACAAUAAUAACACCUCAGCAGCACCGAUGGGUGUGCCUGCACUGCCGCCUCCCUCCGCACUGCCGCAAUCGAAUAGUUCCAACAGUGCAGCCACCAUGACCAGUCUGUCCGGUGACUACAUGUCCGAAUUAAAGGACCUGCAGCACAAAAUUAUGACCCUGCAGGAUAACAGCGAGUUGCAGCGAGUGGUGGAGAUGAUCGCUGCUACCGGGUGUUACGAAAUUACCAGUGCAACGUUUGACUUCGAUCUGUGUGCACUGGAUCGCCACACGGUCCAACGGUUGCAGGAAUUCUUCGCGACAUCUUGCUCAUCCUGACAGUAGAACCCUUCGUUGUGCACAGCACCAUCGGAUCAACAGCUGUAAGUUCCUUCCUCGUUCUUCUCGAUCUUUCGAGGGUUUGUUUUUACACUCCUACCGGUAACUCAUCAACCGUAGAUUUCCUUCAGUCUGCCUUGUCUUAUUUUAACUUAUUACAUUUUAUUUGUCAUGUUAUUUAUUUCCUCCCAUGGUUGAAGGCUUCAAGUCAGCUUUUUAAUCGAGUCGUCUUUCCGAAUGUGAGUGGAUAAGCAUAAAUUGAGUGUGAUUUGGCGUAAAAGUACCGGAAAAAAAGCAUCCGCGCUUAUAAUUCACACACUGGUGUAAUUUUAUGGCAAGCACGAGAAAAGUUUACACAAAAAUGUACAAAUUAAAUUUGAUCGUCUGGUAAGGUGUGUUAUCGUGGUACGGGUUUUUACCAGAAUCGGUAGGAUCUUCUACACUUGUAUACUUGUACAUAAAAUUUAUUAUAGGUUUAAAAGUACAUAAUUGUAUGUAAAAAAGUAACGUACUGAACAUGGACAAAAUUGGAACAAGUUAGAAUAAAUUUACUUUAAGCAUUAGAACAGAAAAGGAACAACACUUAACGGGAGAUGGAUGCUCAGAUGAAGCAGCAGUCUAACGAGAAAGGCCACAGUGGUGUCCCCCGGGAUAAUUAUUUUAUAUGGGUUCUCCAUAUUGAAAUAUGGAUCUAAAGUACGACAUGAAGCCUUUGUCCAGUGACGUAUGUUUCGUGGAACAUACGACAGGUCUGUCAUUCUGUCUCUUAGAAUAUUCAAAAUUAAGAACUUAAGGUUAAAUGUCGCAAUGGGCUUUAUCAAUAAAAUAUGAAUUUUAAAUAUAGUUUUAAAAUAAAUUUGCCAUACUUUGA